UUGCUAUUACAGCUUUCACCUCUAAGGUCCAGGAAGGGCUGCAUAGGACAAGGCUCCUCUUUGGCCUGGCCAUAAGGAUAUUAAUGAGAUUCAGCAGUGGCACAAAGAAUAAGCAGCCCCAGGCUGAAGGACUCUGAGGCCUGGCGUAGUGGAAACAGGAUGGAGUUCCCUGCAUGAGGGGUCCAGAGGGGGCUUGUUCUGUGCGCUGAGAGAUAGGUGCCUGUCUCAGGAGGAAGAGGAGGAAGGCAAUCAACUGGGAUAAUGGAGCUAAGGAGCUCAUUCCUUGUCCUGGUUCAACCUCCUUCACCCCAUGCAGGGCCAGGAUUUGUCCUAGGACAGGCUGCUGUGCCUUCCUCCUUCUCCCCAUCAUGCGCCUCCUUGGUUCUGGAAAUGCUUAGAUAGCUGAGACAGUGGGAAAAUGGAAAUCUUUUCUUGGGGGAAGAGGUUAAAAGAACUGGGCUUGUUUAGCCUGGCAAAACUGAAGGCUGAAAGGGGAUAGGAUUGCCAUGCAGAAAUACAUUGGGUGGGCGGAAACACCAGAGAGGAAAAAGAAUGAUUUAUUCUAAAGGACAGCGUGGGCAUGAGAACAAAUGAGAAAAAAGCUCACCAUGACUACGUUACCCUGGGACUUAGGAGAAAGUCAGAACUGCAAGGUCUCUGGCCCACUGUCUCUUCAAAGAUGCAAUGGCAAGGACUGCAUGCUUUUAAGAUCUUGAUCAGCAGAGACUCACAUGAUGUUGUAGUCUGUGGCAGCUCAACAGACUGGGGUCAGGAGACUUCUCCUAUCCUGUGUCACCAGCAACACGUGGCAGGAACAGGCCAAAAAAGUCUCCCACUGCCCGCGGUCUUUUCUUUUCAUAUUAGGACUAUUUUAUGGCUACAGCCUGUCUUCCUGCCAGGAUAACAGACAGAAGAAUGGCACAUAUGAUGCGCUGUAACCUGGUGAAGUCAUGGGGUUGAAGGAGAGUCCUGGGCUCCUGAGUGUUACUACCAUGAAUCCCCUGGCCGCUUUUGGAUAGGAAUGAGGGCUCUCAUCAUCACAUAUCUGGCUACAAGGAGCAUCUAGUCUGAAAGCCUGGAAGGGUUGUCGUUGCCUCAGCAGUAGAUAAACACAGAUAUAUGCCAACACUUCCCUUUGCUCACCUGUGUUUCCACCCACAUGGGCCAGUUCAGCUGUGAGGGGCUUUGGGACGUAGGGAUGUAGGAGGUUCAGCACUUGUGUUAUUUCUGCCCUCCUGGCUUUGGUUGUGUUCCCGAUAGCUUCUUACCCAUAUCAAACGCCACGGUGAGGGGGCUGCUGUCUGUGGGAUCCCUAAGGAUCCAAGGGCAGGAACAGUUCACCUUCAAUGAUCCUCUGAAUUUGGCCUCCCAUUGCAGCAGUGAAUGGUGGCAGAGGGUCACUUUUGGAAGCAGGGCAGGGGAGUGAGGGCUAGCACCCUGCCAAAAAGAGUAAGGAGUGGGGCCAGCCCUGUGGGGUGGUCUCCACACGCAGCUCUGGCAUGAAGCCCAGCUGAAGAGAGCCCAGGCAAUGACAACAAAGCAGCUACACCGCAGCAGUCUGUGCUGUGGUUGGGGUGCAGCUAGUUUGUGAGGCCGCUACUGUGUCCAGUCUGACAACUGAUGAGAUGUUUGAACACUUGUGUCCGUACACGUUUUUAUAUCAUAUGCACAGGUACCUGCAUGGGAUAUGGGUAUGCUGAGCAACUUAGCUGCCUUUGAGCUCAGGCAAGAAGGAGGGGAAUAAACAUAGAAUCUUGAUACGUGGUAAGACUUAAGAAUUAAUUGGGCAUCACACGGACUUAGUGGGGCAAUUCCCACAUAUGAAUGUUUAUAUAGAUAGUUCAGUAAAGAUGUGAUGGGAGAUAUGAUGUCACCAAGUAUUUCAAGGGUUGCAUAUACUUUUUGAGGUCUGGGUGGAUGACUGGCCACUGUAGGUAGGACCAAGAGAAGCAGGCUUAAUGUGCAGUAGCAAAGGAGAUUUUGGUGAAGUCUCUCAAAGUGAAGAUGAUGUGGAAAAGAUGGAAAAGAAGGUAUUGGGACUACCACUGAUGGAGGUUUUGAAGAGUGGUUUAGACAAACUUUUUUCAGGCAUGAGAGAGAGAAAGUUGGCUUACCUGCCUCUGAGCAGGGUGUUGGGCUGUGUGAUCUUUUGAGGCUCCUUUUCCAUGAUCUCCCUGACUCUUUGGUGCCAUGAUCAUGAACCUGUUAGUGCAGAUAAAUGCACGCCUCUCCUCCUGCAUGCCCCACUGUGCCUUGCACACACCAAUGCAGGAACAGUCCUGUUCUUGCUGAGACCCAUUUCCACCCCUUUGCCUCCCCUCACCACUGUUCUUGCUCUAAAAAUCGACAAAUGCUUUGGAAAGGAACGUACCGGGGGAGUCAGGGCCGACUUGCAUUCUGGCAAUGUUAUCUGCCCUGGGACAGUGAGCGGUUUGCCAGCACAUCUUCACUGAGCGACACUGUUGUUUAGCCCUUGCUGCAGCUGCUGGCAUUUCCCUGAGCUUCUCUCUGCACCUUCAUCCACUGAAGCACUUUCAGAGAGAUAUUCUCGGAUCAGGACAGGCAGAUGCUUCUGCUAGCAGACAGCAGUAGGCUGCCUAGGAAGGCAGAGCAGCGUGGCUCGUUUGCUCCUUCCUGAGGAAGAGAAGAGGCCAGGAGCUGGGACAGCAGAAGGAUGCUCAAAGUGGUACCCUGCAGCAAGGAUGCUGGGUUGCUAGGAGACAGGUGAAGGUGAAGAGGAGAGCUCUGCAGAGCGCCGGAGGCUCAAGAUCCGCAUGUCAGACCAGAACAGCACCGAUGAUGGGGAGUCAGACCCCCAGCACAGCCUGUCUAUGGUCUUCCUCCUUGUCCUGGUCUUCUUCAUCAUGGGGCUGGUCGGUUUCCUGAUCUGCCAUGUCCUGAAGAAGAAGGGCUAUCGGUGCCGGACUUUCCGUGAUGAGCUCGACCCAGAUAACAAAGAUGUGCUGACAGAGCUGCAGGCCAAUGAAGAGGAGGAGCUGAACGAGGACACUGUGGAGAAGAUUGUAAGAUGCAUCAUCCAAAAUGAAGCAAAUGCGGAGGCCCUCAAGGAGAUGCUGGGGGACAAUGAAGGGGAUGUCCCAGUGCCAGUACCCAGCCUUUGUCCCCACCGUAACAGCCAAGAUGGGGGACCACCACAUCACCAUACGGUGCACCUGGGCUCCACGCAGGCCCCCUGCAUCCACUGCAGCAAGAGGAAGAAGCCCCCACUGCAUCGGCAAGGGAGGUCCAAGGAUGGCAAAGGCAGGAUGCAUCCUGGAGAGACCACUGUCUUCUCAGUGGGCAGGUUUCGUGUCACACACAUUGGGAAGAAAUCCACUUUCCAUGACCAACAGGAUGCUCCCCUGCCUGAUGGCAGCAAGGAGCCAAGCACAGAGGAGUUAGAGCACAGCAAUGAACAGCUGCAUCAGGAGAGUGCUCGCAAUGGGACUGUCCCCAUGGAUGGCCUGAAGAACGGAGCCAUCCAGAAGGGUGCACAGAGCAGCAAAGGCACGGAGCAAAGUUACUCAAAUGCCCCAGCUCCAAACACACCAGCCAAAUCAGAUACUCGCAACAAUAGACCGGAUGGCAAGGGGCCUGGGAAGGCAGGCUCACUGCAGGAUGUUGACACUGCUCUUGGGAGCGCUAGUUGCCAAAGGAAGCAUGUGGCCCAUCAGGCACUGGGAGGGUCAAGUGCCAGCACCCCAGGAGAGCCUGUGGAGGAAGGAGGGCAGAGAGCCAGCAUCUACCAGGAGGGGGCUGGACUGGGGUCAGCAGACGAAGUGUCAGAUAUUCACGGGAGCCUGAUUCUACAAGAAGGAUCACAAGCUGAUGAGUUGGGAAGCAACUACACCAGCAGGAAGCAGCCUGGAGCAGAGGACAUGGGGCAGCAGGAGCUGAGCGCCAUGGUGCAGGACCCAGGAAUAACCGUGUGACGUAAGUGCUUCUCUCUGGCCCCUGGGUCAUGAUGCCCUUGGAGAGCAUGGGACCCAUGCCCCGGGUGGGUUACGGCCCGCUGUGCCUGGGCCCAUGCCAGCCUUCAGCUGCAGAGACAGGGCAAAGCAUGUAGCGAACAUGUGCUGUUCCUGCAAGAGUCAGCACCCAUCUUCCACUUGACUUUUAGCCUGCAUCUAGUAGAGAAAAAGGGGCUUCCAGGUCCUGCAAGAGGCAGGAUCUCCACCUCCCAGGACAUGGAAAUCCUGGAGCUCAUUCGCCCACAUGCCAGGCCUGAGCUGUGCAGUACCAGACACAGCCACUGGUAGAAACCCCUCAGGGGUUGCCGUUGCCAUGCUGGGCCUGGAAGCAAGUGAACAGGGGGCAAAAGCCUGGCUGAACCACAGCUCAUCCCAUGGAGGAGGGCAGGGCUGCAGCCCCAACAGCAUGGACAAGGCCAAGGGCUCCUGUUCAGCUCCUCUUUCUCUCACAGCUCCUCUCCGUCCCCAGCUCGGGCGGCCGAUGGGAGGCACGCAGCCCCCAUCCCUCACGCUGGGCUUGGGGCUCUGCCGUGGCGGGGCCGCAGGGGCUGAUGGCAGCCAGCCCCAGCCCAGAAGAGCAGCUACGUGCUUGGCAUGGCCAGAGCGACGCGCGGACAUUAAACAGACAACCGCACUCGGCGACAGACCUCAUCCCAUUGGCAAUAGUUACCCGACUCCUACCCUCACCGCACUUGCCCCAGAGACCCCCCCAACACACCAGGCCCCACAGGGGCAGCUCAAGCCCCUCGGGCCUGGCACGGGCAGGACAGCACCAGCACCAUCCUGGCCCAGACCUGCUGCCCGCAUGGGUCUCCGCAGCUCCUGCUGCCCCGGGGCAGGCAGUGCUGCAGAAAGGACAGCAUCAGAUGGAGCCAAGCCCCUGCCGAGCAAACAGGCAGGGAUGCAGGUGCUUGACCAUGGCGAGGCCUGGGCUGAGCCCACACAUGGUUGUGGCAGCACAUCUGCACCAGCCUGGCACGUUAAAUGCAGAGCACAGCCCCACAGGGCAACCUGGCCUCAGUGGUACCAACUAAUGACCAGCUGAGCUGGCACAGCAGACACAGAGCAGAGACACGGGGCAGCAUUCGCCAUCGCGCAGAGCAGUCACGGCUGCCGGCCAUCCCCGGGCAGAUGCCGGCACAAGCCCUGGAUCUUCGCUGCAGGGGGACCAUGGCAGUCCCCAGGAGGUGCCAAUGCAAGGAGGAACAGCAAAGGAUAGGCCUCCCUCUGGCCCUGUGUCCCAGCUCAGGAGGGGCCAGAGCCUGGCUCUGGUGGAGCAGAUGAGACGGAGGCACCAGCGUACCCAGCCAGCAGCAGCCAGGCCCAGGGCAAGCUUUGGUGUUUAACUGCACUGUAAAUAGUCAAGCUAAAACCAUUAAAGCUGCUGAACACA